UAGGACUUAACUUAAUCUCCGGGUGACGUCAAGUCCAUUUGCCUAUAUCAAAUACAUAUAAAAGCACGAGUCCCCGUCUCAAAAGUAACUGCCUCUUCACCCUACACACCAUACCAAAACAGCAAAAUCCUCUUCCUAAUCCAACAUGGCUAAGAACAUGAUGAAAUACACCAACCUUGGUGAUUCCGGCUUAAGAGUCUCUCGCAUCUGCGUGGGCUGUAUGUCCUUCGGCAGUCCUCUCAGCGCAUUCGGAAGCUGGGUCGUCGACGAAGCUGAUGCCCUCCCUAUCAUCAAGGCAUGCUUUGACUCCGGCAUCAAUUUCUUCGACACAGCCAACGUCUACGGCAACGGAACAUCCGAGGAGAUCCUCGGAGCCGCCAUCAGACAAUACUCACUCCCACGUGAUAACCUUGUUAUCGCGACGAAAGUCUUUGCGCCGGUUGGCAAGAGAAAGGAGGAGGGAUGGGAAAAUCCACUUUACCUGUCGCCCGAUGAGAGAGAUGCGAAGGGCUAUAUCAAUGCCUAUGGAUUGAGUCGUAAACAUAUUUUCGAUAGUGUGGAUGCGAGUUUGAAACGCUUGGGGUUGGAGUACAUCGAUUUACUACAGAUUCAUAGAUUUGAUGCUCAGACACCAGUGAAGGAAACGAUGAAAGCAUUGCAUGAUGUGGUGCAGAGUGGAAAGGUGAGAUAUAUUGGUGCGUCUAGUAUGUUCGCGCAUCAGUUGUUGGAAAUGCAGUAUACAGCUCGCUUGCAUGGAUGGACGGAGUUUAUCAGCAUGCAGAAUCUGCAUAAUGCGGCGUAUAGAGAGGAAGAGAGAGAGAUGGUGCCGAGCUUGAAAAAGUUCGGUAUGGGUAUGAUUCCUUGGAGUCCGAUUAUGAUGGGUUAUUUGGCGAGACCUCAUGAUCAGGCUGCAGAAAGUAACAGAGGAAAGGCCAUGGGCGGAAAAUUCAUGGGGAAUGAAUUGACGAAGGCAGAUUUAAAGACCAAUGAGAAGAUCCAGGAGAUCGCGAAGAAGAGAGGAGUUAGCAUGGCGAUUGUGGCCAUGGCUUGGAGCUUGGGUAAGGAGUAUGUUACGGCACCUAUUAUUGGAAUGGGAAAGAUUGAGAGAGUUCAGGAAGCGGUUGAUGCUGUCAAUUUCGAGCUGACUAAGGAAGAGGAAGCGAGUAUUGAUGAGUUGUAUGAAUCCAGGAACAUCAUUGGAUUCUCCUAGGUUCUUGAUAGGGUAUUGGAUAUUGGACCGAGAAGUGUUUGUCUCGAUACCUAGAUACUGGCGAUGGAUGGAUUUGUACUUGAAAGUUCUCUACUAAACCCAAAAAAAAUCAUACUUCCGAUAUUCAUAAAUCUUUUAAAUUACGAAACAUGCACCGAUGAACAUGGCGAUAACGGGCUCUCAUGUUGAUGUUUCGUUGUG